AUGGAACCAGUUGGGCGUUGUCACGCAUGCCAAUCGAGCAAGAUGAUGAAAAGCGAUAAUGACGUGCAAGGAGUCAAUGUGGAGUCAACACCUGGCCCUUGGAAAAGUUUGACUGAGUAUGUGAUUUUCAAGAGGGAGGAAAAGGACAAAUAUGUAGUAGAGUGCAAGGAGUGUGUGCCAAAAAAACAUGAAAUAAGUUGUCAUAAAAGCAGCAUGUUCAAUGUGAAAAAUCAUUUUCAAAAGAAGCAUCCCACGAAAUAUGCUAAAAUAGUCGAUGCAAUAAAGAGUGCGUCUAAUCGCGGCAAGAGAAGUGUUGAUGUAUGUAAAAGUACUUCGUGGGACAGCCGUCCAAUGACAAUUGACAAAUCGCUUCGUUUUGCGUCUGGAUCGGCUGUCAUGCAAAAGAAUGUGGACCGGGCGCUUUUGGACUUGGUGAUUCUUGACAUGCUGCCGUUGCGUAUCGUUGAAAGUGUUUCAUUUCGAAAAUACAGCAUGACACUGAAUCCCUCAAAGGUAUGUUGCAAUUAUCAGAUACUUGAAGAAAUUAUUAAAGAUUGA